GACCAGAUCAGCAACCAGCGCACACGCUGCCGUCAAAUCCUGUCGUUUAUCUCAGUAGUUCAGCUGUUGUUCGUUUUUCUGCCUUAAAACCACCCGGAAGUUCCUGCGGGAGAAAAUGAACCAGAGUGAGCUCAGCGGCUUUGUCUUCGAGCAGCAGUUUGACCAGAAACGAGCUCUAGAAUGGAUGCAGGAAAACUGGAGCAAGUCAUUUAUGUUCUGUGGCCUGUACGCUACGCUCGUGUUCGCUGGUCAGUACUUCAUGAGGGAAAGGCCCAAACUGAACCUGCGUUGGCCGUUAGCGCUGUGGUCGCUCAGCCUCGCCAUCUUCAGUAUCAUUGGAGCCUUCAGGACCGGAGUUUACAUGCUGCACGUUUUCUCAAACCGAGGCUUCCAGCAGACGGUUUGUGACAACUAUUUCUUCAGAGCUCCUGUCACGAAGUUCUGGGCGUACGCCUUUACAAUCAGCAAGGUCCCUGAGCUGGGAGACACCCUGUUCAUCGUCCUGAGGAAGCAGCGUCUCAUCUUCCUCCACUGGUACCACCACAUCACCGUGCUGCUCUACACCUGGUUCUCCUACAAGGACCAGGUGGCGGGCGGCGGCUGGUUCAUGACCAUGAACUACACAGUUCAUGCCCUCAUGUACACAUACUACACUGCGCGUGCGGCCGGCGUGCGCGUGCCCCGGCCGUGCGCCAUGAUCAUCACGGCCGCUCAGAUCCUGCAGAUGGCCAUGGGUCUAACAGUUCUGGGCCUGGUGCACCACUGGAUGCACGACGUGCACUGUCCCUCCAACGUGGAUAACGUGGUGUGGGGCUCACUCAUGUACCUCAGCUACCUGAUUCUGUUUGCCUUGUUCUUCUAUGACGCCUACCUCAAGCAGCCAUCUGGAGACAAAAGAACCAAGGCAGAGUAGAGAUGUUUCCCCUGACUGCUCAGGAAGUCUAAAAACGGUGGUACUUCAGUGGGUCUGGGGAUUUGGAGGAGACCGACUCGGACUACAUUUUAAUUUGAUUUCAUGAGUGUUUUGAUAAUGAGAAUUAUCAACGAUCUGUUUCACUCACUUCACCUAAAAUAUCUCCAUGACUCUUUACUAAAAACAUCAGGGCUAAAUAUUUGAAAAACGUUUAAUGAACAUUUCUGAUUCAGAUAAUUAUUAUUGAGCAUAACAUCAAUAUGCAUUUGAUCAAAACAAAGAACAAAUUCACAUCUUAUAGGAUUUUAAAAGAAUAAAAGAAGUAAAACCAGGUCAAAGAAGGAGGCACUAUAAAUAUAUAAAAUAUAUUUAAUGAUUGUAAAAGCACAAACACACUAAAGAGCUCUAAAUACUUUGUUGAUGUGAUUUUUUGCACAAUUGAGAAGUGAAGGGUUAGAGUUACCUAGUAGUAAUAAAUAAUGGAACCUGUGGAAGUGAAAAGCAAAUAUCAGAAAUAAUGAAACCAUUUCUGGACAUUUUAUCCAUCCACCAUCUGGGAGUUAACCCAACCCUUCCUUUCAGCCGAGGGACGGUUGGUUUUAAACAGAUGUGAUCCUCCUGACCAUGAGUUUUUGUUCGUUUUUGAACAAAAACACUCAAGUACAGCUACCCUUGGGCAUUCGUUUUCAUCUAACUUACAAGCUGCAUCUAAAACCUUAGAAUACAUCUGCAAAAAUGUGACCUCUUCUUCUUAGGUUCAGUAAAAGGUUCAGCGCUUUGGGCGUCCUGACAGGGUUGCGGAAGGCGCUUUAUAAAUAAAGCUUUGAUUGAUUGAUUGAGUAAAUGGGUAAUGAGAUAAAUACUUUUUAAUUGUACUUUUUUGUGUCAGAGCUACUGCACUUAUUGUUUUCUUUGUGUCAGGAUCUUACACUGGGGGAAAUGGAGACCUCAGACUGAUGCUAGAACACAAACAUUACUCACUGUUUGGGUUCACACCAUGUUUUUGGUGCAUCUUACUCUAAAAUGUACAUGUGAUAGUUGAAUGUGUUGUUCAUUUCCACCGCCUUAAAACCCUGAAGUAUUUGUAGUCUAAACAGAGUGGUGACUUAAACCAUGAGGAGUGACGUUGCGGACCUUAAAACUCCGGUUUUGUCUGUCCACACGCAGACACCCAAAACGGAGAAAACGCAGAUCUUCACUUUGGCCGGAGUUUUUAAAAAGAUCCGUUUUCGUGUGAAAAAACUCCGUUUUCGUGUGGAUGACAGGCCAAAACGUAGAAAAAUAUCUACGUUUUGGCAGAUCCCCGGCUACGUGUGGACGUGUGACCGUCUUCCAUAGACUAUCAAAGAGGAUGCAGAUGCAUCAUUUUUAUAAAUAAAGGACCUCUAUCUGCUCUUGACUCAAAGAAAAGCCCAAGUCUAAAUAGUCCAAAGUUGAUGCCAAAGCCGUUUCAAAUGAGUUGCUGCCAUCUUUGUUGUUUUGCUUCUUCGCAGCUCUGGUGCUAAUCCCUCCCACCAAACCAAUAGAACGCCGUGAUUGGCAAGACAGAACUGCUUGGGCUUGCUGAGUCUCCAAUGGAGCCUGCUUAGACUGACCUGCAGAGCAAAAUCCUUUUGCUUCUGUUAUGGUUGUCUAGAUUUCUAGACUAGACUUGGGGUGUCUAAUGUAGCAUACCAAAAGUCGGUGCCAUUUCUGACCUGCUUUCCUAUGCAAAUUAGUAAUGUUGUAAAGGCCACAAAGAAAUGGUUUGUUCUGAUAAAAGCUGGUUUAAUAUGUCAUAAUCCCAGAAAAAUCACCCUAAAUCUGCAUCUCCUAACCCACUGCAGCAUCGGCAAUAUAUAAAUGCUGGUCACGGUAAUGCCAACCAUAGAACAGCGCUAGCCUGAGCUACUGCUAAUGCUAGCCCAACCUACCACUGAUGUUCUAGUUGAAAGAGAUGAAAAUAACCAAGAAUAAUUUUGGAACACCCAACGUUCCAGGAUGUAUUGGGAAUGUCCAGACUAGCUGAAUGCCAGGUAGAGCCAUAGCUUGCCUGUUGAGUUAUCCAGAUAUGAUACACAGCUGUACAGUUUCUAGCUUCAGGAAACGGUGUAGAGCCAUUUGGGUAAACUGGCCUAUCAGCACACAGCUCAUGUAGUAUUUAUGUUCUGGCCAAGUGGGCGGGGCUAACCAAUCAUAGGCUUUUGUUAUGUGGUUGUAUUUAGCUAGGUAUCAAGGCUCCUAGGCCAUUGUAAGUCACCAAAAAGUUUCAUUUUCUUUAUAGAAGCCUAAAGAAUAUUUUCUGAUUGUAAAAAGCUGUCCUAAAACCCCGCAAACCCUCCCGCUGUCCUAUCGAGUGAAUGGAUCAGUAGAGUUGAUGGUUUCUACCUUAGGCUCCAUGGAGCAGGGGUGAGGUGAUGCUCACUCCUCAAAAACUGGAAAAAAAAUAAUGUAAAAGUCCAAGUCCGACCCAGUCUUUGUCAUUUUUUGAGCUGUUGUUUUGUUUAUAAAAGGCACAUGCCAUACUAGACUACUUUCUCUUCAAUUUCACCCAUUCACACACUAAUGGUAAAGAGCUACAAUGUAGCCACAGCUGCCCUGGGACACACUGACAGAGGUGAGGCUGUCGAACUCCAGUCCUUCUGACCACCACCAGCAGGCAUUAAGUGUCUUCCCCAAGGACACAACAGCAGCAUUCUCUGCCAGGGUCCGUCCUACAACCCUCCGAUUACUGGACAGCCCGCUCUCCCUCCUGAGCUACUGCUGUCCUUUACUCAGGAGGUAGAGCGGGUUACUGCAGGAGUGAUCUCAGCUCCCACCAGGGUACUCUGCUGUUGAGUCCUUGGGCAAGACACUUCACUCAGCUUACUGGUGGUUAGAGAUGAUGCACAAGGCUGCCCCAACUCUGUCAGACUGCUCCAGUGCGUCUGUAGCUACGUAGUAGCUUCCCAUCACCAGCAGCGUGUGAGUGCAUGAAUAAUGGAAAGUGCAUUGAGUGCUUUAUAAAUCAAAUCCUUUAUUCUUACAUUCCUUUUUUCUAAAUACUAGUUAUGUUAAAGCAAAGGUGUGUGUUUGUAUUGUUUGCAUUAUUCUGAUCCGGCUAACGUAGUUGUAGAUCAGAGCUGUUCUUUAGGGAGCAGGUGCAGGAAGUUGGGUGAGGUUUUUCUAAGUGAUUGAAAGAAUUAAAAAAAACUCCUUUUUCUGAAGUAGCUUUUUAGAUCCUUUCCUCCAAGCACUCAGUAAAACCACAUCCUGACUGAGAAUUUACACCAGUACAUGUGGAGUUGGUUUUUUUUAUGUUCACAUGUGAAAACAUGAAUGUGAAAUCUAAGCUCUAAUCAAAGGGAAGAAUGGGCUUUUCAUUUUGAAUAAAUUUGUUCUCAAUUUG